UGAGCAGCCAGUGAAGCAUCCAGCCUGCCGAACAAGCUUGCAUUUAGGGUCAGGAACUGGUCUGACAAGAGAAUGGCAAUCCUGCCUUUAAACCGUCACUAGGACUGUACGGCUGAUGAUGAACCUACCAGAGCUCCGGGCUCAAAGGCUGAACACUGAGCAAGAGAAUGUGAAGACAUAUUUCAGGACAUUGUGAGUGCUUCUAAAGAUGUCUGAUAGUGUUGAUAUUGAAGAGAAACCACCAGCCCCCCCCUUGAGAAUGAACAGUAGUUCCCGAGACUCUUCACUGAAUCACGCCACUAAACCGCUUCCAAUGGCUCCUGAAGAGAAAAACAAGAAAGUCCGCCUGCGCUCCAUCUUCCCCGGGGGAGACAAGACGAACAAGAAGAAGGAGAAGGAACGUCCUGAGAUUUCCCUGCCCUCAGACUUUGAACACACCAUUCAUGUCGGCUUUGAUGCUAUAACCGGAGAAUUCACAGGUAUCCCGGAGCAAUGGGCCCGGCUGCUGCAGACCUCGAACAUCACCAAACUGGAGCAGAAGAAAAACCCGCAGGCUGUGCUGGACGUCCUGAAGUUCUACGACUCCAAAGAGACCGUCAACAACCAGAAGUACAUGAGCUUCACAUCGGGAGACAAGUCGGCACACGGGUACAUCGCAGCAAACACUCUGAACCGGCUGCUGUCAUCUGGGCCUCCUGUCAGCCUUAGAACCUGCAGCGCAUUAUUUGACAAGGGUGCCAAAACAUCAUCGUCAGAGCCCCCAAUCGCUCCACCUGUGUCAGAAGAAGACGAUGAGGAAGAAGAGGAAGAGGAGGAGGAGGAGGAAGAGGAGGACGAUGACGACGAACUACCCCCGGUCAUCGCACCUCGGCCCGAGCACACCAAAUCUAUCUACACGCGCUCCGUCCUGGAGCCCAAGCCCCCGACCCCUGUGAAGGAGGUGGUGACUCCACCUGAGUCCCAGGUCCAGCCAGAUAACACGUCCAACACAAUGUACCGCCACACCGACCGCCAGAGGAAGAAGUCCAAAAUGACAGAUGAGGAGAUUCUGGAGAGACUCAGGAGUAUUGUGAGCGUGGGGGAUCCCAAAAAGAAGUACACACGCUUCGAGAAAAUAGGACAGGGAGCGUCCGGCACCGUGUACACUGCCAUCGACAUAGCAACUGGCCAAGAGGUGGCCAUCAAGCAGAUGAACCUGCAGCAGCAGCCCAAGAAAGAGCUGAUCAUCAAUGAGAUCCUGGUGAUGAGGGAAAACAAAAACUCCAAUAUAGUGAACUACCUGGACAGUUACCUGGUAGGAGAUGAGCUAUGGGUGGUGAUGGAGUAUUUGGCCGGUGGCUCGCUGACAGAUGUAGUGACUGAGACCUGCAUGGACGAGGGCCAGAUAGCUGCAGUCUGCAGAGAGUGUCUGCAAGCUCUGGAUUUCCUACACUCCAACCAGGUGAUCCACAGAGAUAUAAAGAGUGACAACAUCCUCUUGGGAAUGGACGGAUCCGUCAAGCUCACCGACUUCGGCUUCUGUGCUCAGAUCACUCCAGAGCAGAACAAGCGCAGCACGAUGGUGGGAACGCCCUACUGGAUGGCACCGGAGGUGGUGACGAAGGCUUAUGGCCCGAAAGUGGAUAUCUGGUCUCUGGGAAUCAUGGCGAUAGAGAUGGUGGAGGGGGAGCCGCCCUACCUGAAUGAGAAUCCACUCAGGGCGCUGUACCUGAUAGCUACCAACGGGACUCCAGAGCUGCAGAACCCGGAGAGGCUCUCCUCCGUGUUCAGAGACUUCCUCAACCGCUGUUUGGAGAUGGAUGUGGACCGCAGAGGCUCUGCCAAGGAGCUGCUCCAGCAUUCCUUCCUCAAGCUGGCGAAGCCUCUGUCCAGCCUGACGCCUCUGAUUGUAGCUGCGAAGGAAGCCAUAAAGAACAGCAGUCGCUAGUGCGUGCCCUCAGUCCCCACCCGAGGCUGGAGCCCUGCCUGUGAUGUGUGCGUUUCAUGGGGGCAGGGGCUUGGUGUGUAUGGGCGGUGGGUGACGUGAGAGCACAAGGAGGGGGUUUUGUGUGACUUACCGUGACAGCACAAGGACAAAAGACCCCCAGGCCUCAGACGUAGGACGGACAUAUGGCCUUGCAGCCACUCAGCCCAAUGCUGCUGAAAAGACCUUGCCUCCUUGUUUACUUCUCCAGCACUCUGUACAUGUAGAGCAGUCCAUCACAAGAGUGUGUGUGUGUGUGUGUGUGUGUGUGUGUGUGUGUGUGUGUGUGUGUGUGUGUGUGUGUGUGUGUGUGUGUGUGUGUGUGUGUGUGUGUGAGUGCGAGAGUGCGUGUGUGUGUGUUUUCUGUGUGUGUGUGCACAUCUGUUUGUGUCAUAUGACUUGUUUGGCAGCACUUGCUCCUCAAAUCCAAGAUAAUGCGGUGAAAAAAUCACAAAGAACGGAGACUGGGAAACUGACAAAACUGAAGAGCCUGUGAUAUAUCUUCCCUGCCCGGCUGUAGGCUUGGUUUUCCUUCCUUCCAUGGAGCACAAUCAGGCCACACUCGCACCUGCAGUGGCCAUCUGAUGUGAGAAAGUGACUCCGGACCCGACCUUUGCCUGCAUGACUACGGCUCUGAAACACUGCUCCUCCUCUGCAGAUUGUAACAUCUCGAGGUGGCGUACUUAUGUGUGUGUUUGUGUGUGUGAGUGUGUGUAGGGGUGCAGCUACAGGGGAAUAAGUCAGGUAUAAUUUCACAUGACCUAUGCCAGCUUUAAACAUCCUUCAUUAAUCCGCUUCAUAUCAGUGAACAGAUACGGGUCCCGUAUUUUAUUUAAGCCAAAUUAUGUCAGUCAAUCUGUCUUAAAGAGUGCAGGUUAUCUGCAGUUAAUUUGCUUAUUUCUCUCUACAUAAUGGUUUGCCUGCUUAAAACAUCCAAAUUAACACAUUUGUGACUGAACUGUAGAUAUCACAGGUACAAAUAUUUAUACAUAUGUGCUUUAUUAUCAAUUUCAAGUGUUGUGAUGUAGUUAGAGACACAGUUUGAAUCAACAUUAGGUACUGAACAUGCAGAAAUGAUCAGAAUUAAUAUAAAAUAAUGUCAUUACUAAUGCAGUAGUUUCAUAAGCGCAUAGUGUACAUAAACUGUAGCAUUCAUAGUGUGCACACAUCACAAAUAGGAUUAUCCAUAUAGCUAUUCAGUGGCUUACUGUGACAGGCUUUGGGGAGAUAUUUCAAGAUCUAUGUUAAUUGAGCCAAUCUGUGUAUUACAUUUGACAAUAAGCUAUAUAAUAGGAAUCAAAGACUCAACAUAAAUGAGACACGUUUUUAUUUAAAUAUCUAUACUAAAGGUGCUUGCAUACAGUGAACCAGCCUUUAUAAUUACAUGUUUUUUUACAACAGUGGCAAACAGAAGGCCGUGUAAUUAUUUACCUACAGUGAGUUGAAGGUCUUAUGCCGCCUCUUCUCACAGUUUCCCACAGUGCCCCACGCAUCCCUGUGACCUUAAACCUUAAACAGGAAAGAUGCCGCUUGACAACUAAAUAAUGCAAAGAUAAUACUCUGAAUAUAUGGAAUAUUCAAUCCAAAAUGUUAGUCGGAGUAACAAGACGUGAAGGUAGAAAAACACUGAUUCCGUAACUUGUUCUCCCAUUUGGAAAAUUACUUUUUAGUCGUCUUACUAUCCAACAUUACAGAAUACAAUACGCAACUGUGACCGUACAUGAUGAGGUCGAUGCCUAUCUGUUCUGGUUAAACAUUAAUGUCUAAUGAGGAAACAGGAAACCACUGUCCUCCUUGCCCACCUGCCCCCUCCCUGUCCUCUCAUCCUGGUAUUCAGGCUGCUCAUUCAGUGUCCUUCUGUCUUUUAAUGGUGUCUUAUGUGUGUGUCUGUCAUAUGAUCUGUACGUGGGCUUUUGGCGGAUCAAAGAAGGGGAAUGUUAUCCACUGAGCAAAGGAGGGAGUGGAGUGGAUGCCAUUUUAUGAUUGUACCUUAUCCUAAUGAGCGCUGAAAAACAGAAACCUAAGUAGAGGUUCAUUUUGUUGCUAACAUUCCUUCCAUACUUGGUUAGCGUUUAAUCUCAUUCCUGUACAGAGGUUGUCUACAUUGUGUCGGUAUUUGGUAGCUUUCGUCAGGCGUUUCCCGUGUAGCAUCCCUCUGUGUGUGUGAGUGUGUGUGUAAGAGGGGCUACCUCAAUCUGCACUAGAAGAUGCCUCACUCGUGUUGUCCACCUUGAGGUGCAGGGUAGCUGCUUAGUCAUAUUGUACCUCCAUUAUACAACAAGUGAACAGAAGGUGGAGUGAUGUUAGCCAGGAGGAUGCAACAGAAUCCAUGCAUGUAAAACAAACUAUACACUGUAUCUCAUCUUCAAAUAGGUUAAGAUUGUUAGGAUAUGUAUGUAUGUAUGUAAAUAUGAUGGGAAAACCCCCCUUUUUUCAGAAUUAUGUAACUUUAAAUGACAAUAUUCAGGUUGCUCUAUGGUAUGUAUCGAUAAAUGUUUUGCACCCUGAAAAUCAGAAAAGAGAAAAAUGAACACACACUCCGCAGCCCUGGAUCCGGCUCUAUGGGACAGGCCCACACAGUCUGUCGGUACCACUGCUGAGUGUUAGUACAUGUGUGUGUGUGUGUGUGUGUGUGUGUGUGUGUGUGUGUGUGUGUGUGUGUGUGUGUGUGUGUGUGUGUGUGUGUGUGUGUGUGUGUGUGUGUGUGUGUGUGUGUGUGUGUGUGUGUGUGUCCGGUAGUUAUGGCUGGACUGACAGGAAGCUUCGCCGGUCCCCGGGACAUUUGGCCCCCUGCCCCCCAUGUACAGGUCUGAACUAUGAGCACAAGGUGAAUUUCGGGACAAGAGACACCGCCGACAUGCCCCUCUUCUGUGGUUGCUCCUGUACAUUCCUAUCUUCUGAAUGUGUAAACCUGUACACGUGGUGUGAAAAUUCCUCUAUUAAUGUGUAUCAAGAGAAUGGAACAAAGACAAAAAAUGUUACUUUUUAAAUUAUUAUCAUCAUUAUUAUUAUUACUCUUAUUAUUGUCUAGCUUUGUAAAAACUGCUGAUCCAUCUGGCAUACCUCAGCAGGCCGUUCCCCAUCUUUGAAAAAGGAUAAACAAGUGACGGGGAAAUGAGGUUUUGGAUAAACUAUUUUUAAUCGUGGUUGAAGCAAUAGACUUUUUGAACUUUGAAUUGUGCAUGGCUGUGUCUUGAGUGUAAAAAAAACAAACUAAAUAUUGCAGUUUGGGAACUGGACUGAAAUAAAAAGAGGAAGAAAAACCA